GUGGGUAAAAGUGUUACUCAUCACAGAAAUUCCUUAAUGAUAUCUGUGUAGUUGGACAGGACGCUGUCUGAGGUUUGAGAGAGAGAGAGAGAGAGAGAGAGGGAGGGAAGCAGGGGGAAGACCAGUGACAGUCGUGGAGACUGUUUUUGUGAUUGGUUUGGCGGUCUCGCGCUCAAUGCGCUGUUCUUUUCAGCACCAAAGCACGAGCGCUUUAACGCACCAUCAGCAGCAUCCAGGACAGGAGGAUCAGCCGGAGAUACAGCACAAAGCAGAGUAGAACCUGAGCUUUCACAUCCCCUCUCCUUUUUCCUCUUCUGUUUUUGCGCUUAUCUCUCACUCUCUGUCACAACACAUGUACUUCAGACAUGUGUGGAGCAUCGCGAAAUCCCAGUGCUGACGUCUGCGUGACACAGGAGGUUUGACCUCAGCAUUAAGUAUAAAGGACAUGGAUAGUCCCAUCCACCACCACUGCCAUUUUGGUUAAAUGAUUGGGAUUUCUGGAUCUCCUAUUCCUCUGUAGCAACACUAUGGCAUUACAAUCCACUAUCCUGAACUGGGCUCUGUACCAUCUCCUUCUUCUCCUGACGGUUGAGAUUUGCUGUUGGUUGCCAUCAUUUUCUCAACGUCUGGAGCCUCUACCAACAGAGUAUGCCCACUCCAUCCGAAUAGAUGGCGACAUCAUCCUGGGCGGCCUUUUUCCCGUGCAUGCCCGUGGUGAACGAGGAGUGCCCUGCGGAGAGCUGAAGAAAGAGAAGGGCAUCCAUCGACUGGAAGCCAUGCUCUUUGCCAUCGACCUCAUUAACAAGGAUCCGGAGCUGCUGCCUAAUGUGACCCUCGGUGCUCGCAUUCUGGACACCUGCUCCCGGGACACAUAUGCCCUCGAGCAGUCGCUCACCUUUGUCCAAGCACUCAUCGAGCGCGAUGGCUCGGAUGUACGCUGUGCUAAUGGUGACCCCCCUGUCUUUGCCAAGCCUGAUAAGAUAGUAGGAGUGAUAGGAGCAUCUGCCAGCUCCGUCUCCAUCAUGGUGGCCAAUAUCCUGCGUCUAUUCAAGAUUCCUCAGAUCAGCUAUGCAUCCACAGCCCCAGAGUUGAGUGAUAACACCCGAUACGACUUCUUCUCUCGCGUGGUGCCUCCAGACUCCUACCAGGCACAGGCCAUGCUGGACAUCGUCACGGCCAUGGGGUGGAACUAUGUGUCCACUCUGGCCUCCGAGGGCAACUACGGCGAGAGCGGCGUGGAGGCUUUCGUUCAGAUCUCUAGAGAGAUGGGUGGGGUGUGUAUCGCUCAGUCUCUAAAGAUCCCACGGGAACCACGGCCAGGGGAAUUUGACAAGAUCAUCAUGCGGUUGUUGGAGACCCCCAACGCCAGGGCAAUCAUCAUGUUCGCAAACGAGGAUGACAUCAGACGAGUCCUAGAUGCUGCCAAAAGAAACAACCAGACUGGGCACUUCCUGUGGGUUGGGUCAGACAGUUGGGGCUCCAAGAUCUCUCCAGUGAUCCAGCAGGAGCAGGUGGCUGAGGGAGCAAUCACCAUCUUGCCAAAACGGGCUUCAGUAGAUGCCUUCGACCGUUACUUCCGUAGUCGCUCCCUUUCCAAUAACAGGAGAAAUGUGUGGUUUGCUGAAUUCUGGGAGGAAAACUUCAACUGCAAAUUGGGCAUGCAUGGCAAGCGUCUGGGAAGCUCCAAAAAGUGCACAGGGCUGGAGAAGGUGGGCCGUGACUCCAGUUAUGAGCAGGAGGGAAAGGUUCAGUUUGUCAUGGAUGCUGUAUAUGCUAUGGCCCACGCUCUCCACAGCAUGCAUCGGCACCUGUGCUUCGGCUACCCAGGCCUGUGUCCCCGCAUGAGCAACAUCAACGGCAAAGAGCUGCUGGAGUACAUUCGCAAAGUCAAGUUCAAUGGAAGUGCAGGGACUCCGGUUUCCUUCAAUCAAAAUGGUGAUGCACCUGGACGCUACGACAUCUUCCAGUAUCAGAUAAGCGAGAGUUCAGUGGCAGAGUAUAAAGUGAUUGGGAGCUGGACAAAUAAGCUACACCUAGAUGUGGAUGCCAUGCACUGGAGGACAGGUGACCCCAAUCUACCGGCGUCUGUGUGCAGCAUGCCGUGUCGGAUGGGUGAAAGGAAGAAGACUGUAAAGGGCGUCCCGUGUUGUUGGCACUGUGAGCGCUGUGAAGGCUACCACUACCAAGCGAACGAGUUCACCUGUGAGAUGUGUCCAUAUGAACAACGUCCUGACCGCAACCGAACUGGCUGCCAGCCUAUUCCAAUCAUCAAGUUGGAGUGGUACUCACCCUGGGCAUCUGUGCCUGUCUUCAUCUCUGUGCUGGGCAUCCUGGCCACCAGUUUCGUGGUGCUCACAUUCAUGCGCCACAAUGACACGCCCAUUGUGCGGGCAUCGGGACGUGAGAUGAGCUAUGUGCUAUUGACAGGCAUCUUCUUGUGCUACGCUAUCACCUUCCUGAUGAUUGCUACACCAACCGUUGCUGUCUGUUCUCUGCGCCGCAUAUUCCUAGGCCUGGGCAUGUGCUUCAGCCAUGCAGCACUGCUCACCAAGACCAACCGGAUCCAUCGUAUCUUCGAGCAGGGCAAGAAAUCUGUUGCGGCCCCACGCUUUAUCAGUCCUGCCUCACAGCUGGCAAUCACCUUUAGUCUAAUCUCUGUGCAGCUGUUUGGUGUGUUCGUGUGGUUUGCUGUUGACCCGCCUCACACGGUGGUGGACUAUGGUGAGCAGCGCACUGCUGACCCAGAUAAGGCACGGGGUGUACUCAAGUGUGACAUUUCAGACCUUUCUCUCAUUUGCUCAUUGGGCUACAGCAUCCUCCUAAUGGUCACAUGCACUGUUUAUGCCAUCAAGACCCGUGGGGUGCCAGAGACCUUCAACGAGGCCAAGCCUAUUGGAUUUACAAUGUACACAACCUGUAUCAUCUGGUUAGCUUUCAUACCCAUCUUCUUUGGCACAGCACAGUCAGCAGAGAGGAUGUACAUCCAGACCACCACCCUCACCAUCUCUCUGAGUCUAAGCGCCUCUGUAUCACUGGGGAUGCUUUACAUGCCGAAGGUCUACAUCAUCAUCUUCCACCCAGAGCAGAAUGUGCCAAAGCGCAAGCGCAGCUUCAAGGCCAUUGUCACUGCAGCCACCAUGUCGGGUAAGCUGACGCAGAAAGGAGGUGAUCGCCCCAACGGAGAGGUCAAGACAGAGCUCUGCGAAAGCAUGGAGACCAACACAGCACCCUCCACCAAGACGACAUAUGUCAGCUAUACCAAUCACGCCAUCUGAGAUGGGACUGCCUCCAUGGAGGGGUGAAGCCUCUCCAAAUCAAGACAUGUCAUGUGAUCCUGACAGGCAACUGAGCAUGAGACUUCCUGUCAUUCUGCAUUAAACUUAAACCUGUGAGAGAAAGGGACCACUGUAUCACACCAGUGCAAUCCAGAGUUACCACCACUGUCACACACACACACACACACACACUAAAGCACAAUCACAAUCAUAGAAAAAGGUGCAAACAGAGAUGCAGUUCUGCAGCUGUGGCAAAUAAAAAAUAAAGGAAAAAAAAAUGAAACAUAAAAAGCAUCCCAAUGAAAACAGUGCAAAAAGAAAUGUGAAACUGGUAUUUCCAUUGAACCUUUUGAAAUGUGAACAUAAAAAAGAUGAGACAUAUGAAAUCUACCAGAGUUGACCAUGUUUGCUGUAAUUCCUAUUGUAUGUAUUUUUGUGGAUGUGCUAUUUUAUUUUAUUUUUAAUCUUGUUCUACGUUGUCCGAAACCUGCAUAACAAGAUGAGCUGUGUCUUGUAUUGGCUAAAUGGACUAUAGCUGACACUGUAAGUGCCAUGAAUGACGCAUGCCAUUUUUUUUUAUACAAAAAUGAUUUAUUUAUAAUAAAGGAAUGUUUUGCAAAUGUGUAGCGUUGUUAGAUGUACAUUUAAAAGCCUGAGGAUGUGUCACUCACAUAUAGGCAGUGGAAUUAAAUUCUUAAUAAUUUAUAGCAGAAAUCUCAAUCCAGUAGCCCUAUGUUACUUCAACAUGUGACCUAAUUAUCCAGUUAAAAAUACAGUGUCAUUCAGUGAGCUACAGCUUCUUAUACAUGGGUUCAGAACGAUAGAAGCUGAGGAGGAGAAAAUCUCUUGCAUCUCUGUGCAAUCUCUUUGAUUUUCUUUGCAUUUGAAUCAACUGAUAGAAAUUGAAUAGUUCUUGUUCACACUUCGAAUCUUCACAUGGCUUUGAUUACUUAUUUAUAUUCAUCAAAUAUUUACAGUGCAAUACCUUUACAUUUUAUAUAAUCAGAUUAAACCAACUGACACUGUUUCCUACUACAGGAACUGAAGUGAUGUUUAGAUGUGGGGAAUCAGUUC